AUGCAAAACUUUAGUGAAAAGCUUGGUCGUCUCUUAGAGUGGAUCAAUCUCUCUACGGAUGAGCAAAAAUUACCACUGCAAUGCUAUAUCUCCCCGAAGAUCACCGUGAAGGAUGUUAAGGGCUCAGGAAGAGGUAUUUACGCAACAGCUAGCAUCUCACCGCACGAAAAGAUAAUCAAUAUUGGUCACCCCUUCUUACUCAAUUUCACUACUGUCUUGAACCACAUUGCCAAGCAUAACAAGAUGGAAAUUGAUCGACACGUUACAGUCCCAUUUGAAACUAAGGAAGAUGAGUUUACUGAAAUUUACAAAUGUUUCAAAAAGGAAGAGUUGCUUCGGCUAUCCUCUUUUCAAUUAUUAUCAAUGUACUUGACUUUGGAAAGAAAGCGCGGAGAAAACUCAUACUGGAAAGCAUUUAUCGAUAUGCUUCCGACAAUGGAGGAUUUCCAAUUGAUGCCAAUUACCUAUGGUGGUGGUGGUGGUGGUGGUUGUGGUGGUAGUAAUAGUACUUCAGAAAAUGGUGCAGUUCACGAAAAUGAAAAUGGUAAUAAUUUUAAUGCUGAUGAUAAUCAAAUACAAUUAAAACAACAAUUACCUGCAACGGCUUAUGCACUAAACGAAAAAGUCGAGCAACGAUUCAACCAUGAUUACAAAGUGAUCACGCAAUUACUUUUAGCGAAAAAUAUCUCGGAUGUUUCCACUAUCUUGCCACGAGAUGAUGUGCUUCUUUCCUGGCUUUGUAUAAACUCGCGUUGUCUCUACAUGGACCUUCCUACAAGUCACGACACACUGGAUAACUUCACAAUGGCACCGUACAUUGAUUUUAUCAAUCAUUCUUGUGAUGAUCAUUGCACAUUAAAAAUAGAUGCCAAAGGCUUUCAAAUCACCACAACUACUGCAUACAAACCAGGCGACCAAUUAUACCUAAGUUAUGGUCCGCACUCAAAUGAAUUUCUUCUAUGUGAAUACGGGUUCGUUGUUACGCUGCCUGAAGAGGAAAAUCGAUGGAAUGAUCUAGAUAUCUCAUCAUACUUACUUCCCAUGUUCAAUGCAAAUCAAAUUGAUUGUUUGAAAGAAAACGAUUUUUAUGACAAUUACACUUUGAAUAAAGACGGGCCCUCAUUCCGUACAGAAGUUGCACUUGCUAUUUUACAAGAACAAAACCCGCAUGAUUCACGAAGAUUUCGCGCAUUCCUUAAUGGUAUAUUGGACAACACAGUAUAUUUGCGAAAAUCCAAUACCAUGUUGAGUAAGAUCUUGACAAAAAUUAUGCAAGAAGCUGAACAACACCAAUUUGUUUUAGAGAAUGUAAAAAUAGGCGCAGAUGAGGUGCAAAGGUUACGAUUGCAUGUUGUAAUGUCUUUGUACAAGGACAGGCUAGCACUUGCCAGUCGCAUACUCAAAGACCUUAAAUAA